UGCCUCAGCACAUUACAGCUGGGAGAACCUGUUUGAGAAGAUGAUUUGCUUUGCCCUGUAACUGGCAUAAAGUUCAACGCAGGUGUUGCUUAACAAGCUAGUUCCGAAGUGAAAGACAGGUAAAUUCUAAAGAACAUUCUGGACACUGCCUUUCAGUCAAUUUUCCAGAGCCAUACAGAUUGUACAAAUCGGGACACAAACUUCUGGGUGGAGCAUUAAAUCAACUGUUAUAUUUCUUCAUUCUGCAUUUAGCAAGGUCAUGGAAGAUCUAGAGGAAACAUUAUUUGAAGACUUUGAGAACUACUCCUAUGCCCUGGAAUAUUACUCCCCAGAGACUGAUUUGGAGGAGAAAGCACACCUAGGAGUCGUUCACUGGGUCUCCCUCGUGUUAUACUGUUUGGCAUUUGUUCUGGGCAUUCCAGGAAAUGCCCUUGUCAUUUGGUUUACGGGAUUCAAGUGGAAGAAGACAGUCACCACUCUCUGGUUCCUCAAUCUAGCCAUCGCAGAUUUCAUUUUUCUUCUCUUCUUGCCCCUGUACAUCUCCUAUGUGGCCAUGAAUUUCCACUGGCCCUUUGGCAUCUGGUUGUGCAAGGCCAAUUCCUUCAUUGCCCAGUUGAACAUGUUUGCCAGUGUUUUCUUCCUGACGGUGAUAAGCCUGGACCGCUAUAUCUACUUGAUCCACCCUGUCUUAUCUCAUCGGUACCGGACCCUAAGGAACUCUCUGAUUGUUAUUAUAGUUGUUUGGCUUUUGGCUUCACUAAUGGGUGGUCCCGCCCUGUUUUUCCGGGACACUCUGGAGUUCAAUAACCACACUCUUUGCUAUAACAACUUCCACGAGCAUGAUCCUGACCUCACGUUGAUGAGGCAUCAUAUUCUGACCUGGGUGAAAGUUAUUGUUGGGUACCUCUUCCCUCUUCUAACAAUGAGCAUUUGCUACUUGUGCCUCAUCUUCAAGGUGAAGAAGCGAAGCAUCCUGAUCUCCAGUAAGCACUUCUGGACCAUCCUGGCUGUGGUCACUGCCUUUUUGAUUUGCUGGACUCCGUAUCACCUGUUUAGCAUUUGGGAGCUCACGAUUCACCACAAUAGCUAUUUCCACCAGGUGCUGCAGGCCGGAAUCCCCCUCUCCACUGGCUUGGCAUUCCUCAAUAGUUGCUUGAACCCCAUUCUUUAUGUCUUAAUUAGUAAGAAGUUCCAAGCACGCUUUCGGGCCUCAGUUGCUGAGAUACUAAAAUAUACGCUGUGGGAAGUGAGCUGUUCUGGCACAGUAAGUGAACAGCUCAGGAACUCUGAAACCAAGAAUCCGUGUCUCCUGGAAACAGCCCAGUGAAUUCUUACUCUUGCACAGAUCAUAUGGCUUUUGUGUGGGUCCCCUGACAGAUGCUUUCGGAUUGUUUGGGUCCAAGACAUAGAGCUGACUGUAUCUUUUUAUUGUUUUUGGUCAUUUUAUUGGCAUCAUAUUUUUCUACUGAUAUAAAACAUAAGAAGGAUCUUCAUUUUUUUCCAACAA